AUGAGUCCGUUUCCACGAUUGACGUCAGAUUGGACGACAAGCCCAGUUUUCAACUCCAGGCCCUGGUCCUCCCGCCAAGGUCCCUCUCCCGUCCAAGCUACCUACGUAACCUGUACUGGACAGGCCCGGGUCCCCUACCUCGAGGAAGAAAAUGAGAGAAGGUACCUUUCUUCGCGUACCUGCCACCUGUGCCAGAAGCAAUUACCUUACCCCAUCGUCACCUCCCACGCACAUCCUACAAAAGGCCAGCUCCGCCCGGCCCUGUCUGAAGCUUUUCUACAAUCCAAAGCACUAAAAGUCGAGAAAGAAAAUAACAUCUCGUCGCGUUCGUGUACCGACACUCAGCACCAAGCAAUACCCUUCGGAUCAAGUCAGUUUGGGCUUCCGAACGUAACCACCGCUACCGCUUCCCUCCCUAUCCACUACGGACAGACAGCACACGACCAACCAAGCCUUUUUUUACAAGCUGUUCCGAGAGUUGAAGCAUUCCCCGCACCAUUGAAGAUGACGCUCUACUACACCCUCGUGUUCGUCCUGCUCAUGGCAGAGAUGGGGCUGUUUAUGCUCCUAAUCGUGCCUCUUCCGUUCACCGUGAAGCGCAAGCUGUUUACGUUCAUCUCCGAAAGCCCAGUCGUCGCAAAAGUCCAGUACUGGAUGAAGAUCACAUUCGUCUUCAUCCUCAUCCUCUUCAUCGACAGCGUCAACCGUGUGUACCGCGUCCAGGUCGAGCUUGCGCUUGCUACUGAGAAGCAGAACAGCGGUGCCGCCGUUAUGGGUCACGAGCGCCUCGAGGUGCAGGCCCGCAAGUUCUACUCUCAGCGCAAUAUGUACCUCUGUGGUUUCACCCUCUUCCUUUCCUUGAUCCUGAACCGCACAUACGUCAUGAUCCUUGAGGUCAUGCGCCUCGAGGACAAGGUCCGCAGCUACGAGGGCACCAAGGGCAACACCAAGGAGAGUGAGAAGCUUGCUGUUGCCGGCCAGCCCGGCGAGAUUGCCAAGCUCCGUAAGGAGCUUGAGCAGAAGAACCGCGAUAUCGAGACGCUCAAGAAGCAGAGCGCCGGUCUGCACAAGAGCUACGACGAGCUCUCAGACCAGUACGCCCAGACACAGCCUCAGGGUGACAAGAAGGCGCAGUAAAUGAAUUAGGCUUGAUAGUCCCAGCCUAUCGCGAAAGUAUAUCUCAGACAAACGCUGUGUGCAUGGAGAUGUGGUGGAAAAUGGUGAAGUGAGCUGUGGAACAUACUCCGGUUCGCGGACCCAUUCCAGAUAGGACAAUGGCGCAGAAGGCCUGGAUGGCGUUGUGUUAUAGCUAUAAUCAAGGUCUUGCUUUUGACGCAAAGCACUCACGCACUUCGUUUUGUAUCUCAUGCGUGUGUACCUCACCACCGAUGCGUGCUACGAAACUGGCGAUGACGGACAAACCGUAACGGGGAUCUGUGUCCAAGCCAUCUGAACUGUACCCAAGUUAUUGCUCGCCCGAUUAGAGGUUGUAUCCUGGACUGCAACAUAGUCAAAAACUGGGGCUUGGGCGGUUUAGGUUCCAGUAUCAGAAACCUCGUGACAACGAACGAGGGGUAACUUCAUGACGUCCCAGUACAAGUGCAGCUGUUCGCAUGACUUUGAAUACUAAAUAAGGCAUCUUUCACACACUGUGAAACGUCAAUUAAGACAAGUUCCCUACAUCUGCUGGACUGGCAUUAUUUCCUACUGACACAUUUGAAAUGCAGAUUCCUAUUCGCGACCUGUUUCACUGUGUCGUCAUGCCGAGUUGAUGCCAGUGCUCGAAUACCGUCUACAAGCCAAAGGGAACAUACAGAUGUUUCAAG